CGAUUUCGGUCGUCGCACGAUUGCCCGGAGAAAGGUUCACAAUAAUUAGAGGGCCGCCAUCAAGACUCCUCCACCAGGAAACUCCCUCCCGAAUUCCCCCAUCCUUCAAUCCCUUCACUCAGCUGCCAAUCAACUCUUCCGAAGCCAAAAUCACCGAACAAUGUUUCUAGCGCGGAACCCGCAGUGCGGCGUGAUAGCUUUGGCGUCCUCUCACCUGGCCCGCUCCUCUGCUAUCGCUGUUUAUCGCCAACAAGGCAGUCGUAACCUAGCUACUGUUAGCGACACACCGACGAGGUCCUACGGAGGUUUGAAGGAUCAAGAUAGGAUUUUCCAGAACCUCUACGGACACCAUGGCACAGACCUUAAAUCUGCUAUGAAAUAUGGAGAUUGGUAUAAGACAAAGGAGAUUCUCUUGAAGGGGCAUGACUGGAUUAUCGGGGAGAUCAAGACUUCCGGUCUUCGUGGGCGUGGUGGUGCUGGGUUUCCGUCGGGUAUGAAAUGGUCAUUCAUGACCCCACCCGGAUGGAACACGGGAACUACACCACGGUACCUCGUCGUUAAUGCUGAUGAAGGGGAGCCCGGAACAUGCAAAGAUCGUGAGAUCAUGCGUAAAGAUCCUCACAAGUUGGUCGAGGGAUGCUUGGUUGCCGGAAGAGCUAUGGAAGCCACGGCAGCUUACAUUUACAUCCGUGGCGAGUUUUACCAUGAGGCUACCGUCCUGCAGAGGGCUAUUCAGGAAGCCUAUUCCGCCGGGUUGAUUGGAAAGAAUGCUUGUGGCAGUGGAUACGAUUUUGACGUUUUCGUUCACAGAGGAAUGGGAGCUUACGUUUGUGGGGAAGAGACAUCGCUUAUUGAGUCCCUGGAAGGUAAACCUGGCAAGCCUAGGCUAAAGCCUCCAUUUCCUGCCUCCGUCGGCCUGUUUGGAUGCCCUUCGACUGUGGCAAAUGUCGAAACUGUUUCUGUAGCCCCCACAAUCUGCCGAAGAGGUGGUUCAUGGUUUGCCUCGUUCGGACGAAAGCGCAACGAAGGAACUAAGCUUUUCUGUAUAUCCGGGCAUGUCAACAACCCUUGCACCGUUGAGGAAGAGAUGUCAAUACCUCUAAAGGAGCUGAUCGAGAGACACUGCGGUGGCGUCAGGGGUGGAUGGGAUAACCUGCAAGCCAUCAUUCCCGGUGGCUCGUCAACCCCGAUUUUACCCCGAAAGAUCUGCGACGAUGUCCUAAUGGACUUUGACGCCCUGAAAGAUGUACAAAGCGGUUUAGGUACCGCUGCAGUCAUUGUGAUGGACAAGAGCACCGAUGUGGUAAGAGCUAUCUCAAGGCUUUCGAAGUUUUACAAGCACGAGUCUUGCGGGCAGUGCACACCUUGUCGCGAGGGAACCAGAUGGACUGCACAGAUUAUGGAACGUUUCGAAAAGGGCCAAGGACGAGAACGGGAGAUCGACAUGCUCCAGGAACUUACCAAACAGGUUGAAGGGCACACUAUCUGUGCUUUGGGGGAAGCCUUUGCCUGGCCAUUGCAGGGUCUAAUCCGUCACUUCAGACCAGAAUUGGAGGCAAGGAUGCAGGCGCACGCCCAGGCUUCGGGUGGAGAGGCCCUGGCCGGUGGUUGGGAACAUAACGCCCGGGUGCAGGGCAAGCUUGUUGCGCCUGGACAGUAGACAAGGCAGUAUAGACCAAUACCCAAGGCACCACCUUUUUCCUCUUUUUUUCUUCUUUCUCCCCACCCUCUUGUGCAAUUUUGGGGUUUUGCAUUGGUGCGUUGCUGCUGCUAUAAGGCUUCACCAUUCACCCGACCCGAAUUGAACUGCUGUACAUUUCUUCUGGCCAUUUACUUAGAGCAAAUGUGAUUGAAAGAAAUGCUGGAACGUCACGACUACUCUUCACUCUAACAUGCGAGAGCAGACUGGGGUGUUCUCGCAUUCUGUGUCUAACAACCCUAUUAUCACGAGUAUUUUGUGUAAACCUCUGACUAAGAGUACUGUACAUAACUCAUAGCACUCACCCACUAAGUAGCACACUAUACAUCCCACGUU